AUCCCUCACUCGCCCUACUACUAGUACUAGUACUAGAAAGAAAGAAAAACCCCUCUCAUUUCAGCAUCCUCUGUUUUGCUACAAAAAAUACAAGGACAAAACAGAGGAACCUACGUGGAAUAUUCCAGAAGCCGCCGUUACACCACCGGUCAAGCGAUCCUUCCUACACCUCAGCCUCGUCGUCUGUAAGGUAAUUUAUAUUUCUGUUGGAAAUUGAGCGAGGCAGCAAAGAUGAGUGUGGUUGGUUUUGACUUUGGGAAUGAGAGUGGUAUUGUUGCAGUGGCAAGGCAGAGAGGAAUUGAUGUUGUACUUAAUGAUGAAUCGAAGAGGGAAACCCCAGCUAUUGUUUGCUUUGGUGAGAAGCAACGGUUUCUUGGGACAGCAGGUGCUGCAUCAAGCAUGAUGAAUCCGAAGAAUACAAUAUCUCAGAUAAAGAGGUUAAUAGGACGGAAAUUCUUAGAUCCUGAGCUGCAAAGAGAUCUUAAGGCAUUGCCAUUCUCGGUGACUGAAGGGCCUGAUGGAUAUCCUUUGAUCCAUGCACGUUAUUUGGGGGAAAUGAGAUCUUUUACACCCACCCAAGUUCUUGGAAUGGUGUUUUCAGAUCUGAAGAUUAUAGCGGAGAAAAAUCUUAAUGCAGCAGUAGUUGAUUGUUGUAUUGGGAUCCCUGUAUAUUUCACUGAUCUUCAGAGAAGAGCUGUUAUGGAUGCAGCUACCAUUGCUGGCUUGCACCCUCUCCGUCUAUUCCAUGAGACAACAGCAACUGCAUUGGCUUAUGGUAUAUACAAGACAGAUCUGCCAGAAAAUGACCAACUAAAUGUAGCUUUUGUUGACAUUGGACAUGCAAGCAUGCAAGUUUGCAUUGCAGGCUUCAAGAAAGGCCAGCUGAAGAUAUUGGCUCAUUCAUUUGACAGAUCACUUGGAGGAAGGGAUUUCGAUGAAGCCCUCUUCCAACAUUUUGCUGCAAAAUUCAAGGAAGAAUACAAAAUCGAUGUUUUCCAGAAUGCAAGGGCUUGUAUUAGGCUUCGAGCUGCUUGUGAAAAGUUGAAAAAGGUUCUUAGCGCAAACCCUGAGGCACCUUUGAGUAUAGAGUGUUUAAUGGAUGAGAAGGAUGUCAGAGGGUUCAUCAAGAGAGAGGAAUUUGAGCAGAUCUGCAUUCCAAUAUUGGAGAGAGUAAAAAAACCAUUGGAGAGAGCUCUUUUAGGAGCUGGACUUACUACUGAUAAUGUUCAUUCUGUUGAGGUUGUUGGCUCAAGCUCGCGAGUGCCUGCGAUGAUGAGAAUUCUGACCGAGUUCUUUGGGAAAGAACCAAGGAGGACCAUGAAUGCUAGUGAGUGUGUGGCAAAAGGAUGCGCGCUGCAGUGUGCUAUUCUCAGUCCUACCUUUAAAGUUCGAGAAUUUCAGGUCAAUGAGAGCUUCCCUUUCCCAAUUGCUUUGUCAUGGAAGGGCUCUGCUCCAGAUGCACAAAAUGGAGCAGCAGAGAAUCAACAGAGCACAGUUGUUUUCCCUAAGGGAAAUCCGAUACCAAGUGUGAAAGCUUUGACAUUCUACAGAUCUGGCACAUUUACAACUGAUGUACAAUAUGCUGAUGUGAGCGAACUGCAGGCACCAGCAAAGAUCAGUACUUACACGAUUGGACCAUUCCACUCUACUAAGGGUGAACGGUCCAAAUUAAAGGUUAAAGUACGGCUAAACCUUCAUGGUAUUGUCUCAGUUGAGUCGGCAACUCUUUUGGAAGAAGAAGAGGUUGAAGUCCCAAUUGUAAAAGAGGAACCUAUUAAAAUGGAUACAGAUAAUGCUUCAGUUGAUGCUGCUCCUUCAGCUACUGCUGAAACUGACGAAAACAUGCAAGAUGCUAAAGGAGCUGCAGAUGCUUCAGGGGUUGAAAACGGUGUUCCAGAAUCUGGAGACAAACCUGUCGAAAUGGCUACAGACACGAAGGCUGAAGCCCCAAAGAAGAAGGUGAAGAAGACAAAUGUACCAGUGACUGAAUUAGUUUAUGGGGCAUUGGCAGCUGCUGAUGUGCAGAAGGCUGUGGAGAAAGAAUUUGAAAUGGCUCUCCAGGACCGUGUCAUGGAAGAGACAAAGGACAAGAAGAAUGCUGUUGAGGCCUAUGUUUAUGAUAUGAGGAAUAAGCUGCACGACAAAUAUCAAGAGUUUGUAGUGGAUUCAGAAAGAGAACAAUUUAUUGCUAAACUUCAAGGGGUGGAAGACUGGUUGUAUGACGAUGGGGAGGAUGAGACCAAGGGCGUUUACAUUGCGAAGGUUGAGGAACUUAAGAAGCAAGGUGACCCAAUUGAGCAAAGAUACAAGGAGUACACAGAGAGGGGAUCUGUAAUAGAUCAACUUGCUUAUUGCAUUAACAGUUAUAGAGAGGCGGCAAUGUCAAAUGAUCAAAAGUUUGAUCACAUUGAUUUAGCAGACAAGCAGAAGGUUCUUAAUGAGUGCGUUGAAGCUGAGGCUUGGUUGAGAGAGAAAAGACAGCAGCAGGAUUCUCUUCCAAAGCAUGCAAACCCUGUUCUUUUGUCGGCAGAUGUUAGGAGGAAAGCAGAAUCACUUGACAAGAUUUGUCGGCCUAUAAUGAUGAAACCUAAGCCAGCUAAGCCGGCAACUCCUGAAACACCUACACAUGCACCUGCUGAAGGAGGUGAGCAACAGCCUCAGGAUGCGGAGAGUCCUAAUCCACAUUCCAACAAUAACACAAAUGCUGGUGACGCUGAUGGUGCUGAAUUACCCCCAACUGCUGCCGAGCCAAUGGACACAGACAAAUCUGAGGCCAAAUAAAGUGCUUCAUGAGCUUGGUGGUUGGUUUGAUCUUCAGAUUCUUUAUGCAGCCUAAGAUGUGGUUUCAUGCUAUCACUUUUGGCUUUUGAGGCUUAUCUUUGAAGGUUCUUAGCGGAACACUAUAUUUCCUCAGUGAGAUAGGUUCGGCCAUCUUUGUAGUGGGAUGGUCAGCAAUUAUAUUAUUAUUCACAGGGUGACUUUUUUAUAAUCCUGUUUCUUCAGGGGUUUUUGAGGGAGUUCGAUUGCAUUCCCAAUUUUCUUGUUACUAAAUUAUUUACACCCGAGUCAUGUUUGUCUUUUUAUAAGCAAGAAUUGAUGUGUAUCCGGAACCAGGAACCUUGGCAUUCUUUUACGCUUUAUUGUAUUGGUAUAAUGGAGUUUACGUGUCAAUUCAAGA